AUGACACUAAAAAGAAAUCUGAAACGCUUUCUUAUUCUUUGGAGUAGUAUAUUUUAUUGUUUUUCAAGUUUGCAAAAUGGAUUCUCACAUUUACAGCAUGGAUAUAGACUUGACCGAAAAAUAAUCAAUGUCUUUGACAACUAUAGUAUUUUGGAUUGUGUCAAAGAAUGUCUCAGGACAGCAAGGUGUCAAUCUGUAAAUUAUCACAAAGGAGCAAAUAUAUGUGAAAUCAAUUAUGAAAAUAAAGCGACCGGAAGAGAUCAUUAUACCCCAAGUUAUGGCUGGAUUUAUACUAACGCAAUCGACUGGAUCAGGGAAUUAACAGGUGUGUGUUUAAAUUCAAACUGCGGCACAAAUGAAACAUGCAUACCUCUUCCUUCAGGAGAUCACAGAUGUGCCUUGUCAGAUUGUGGUGUACCAGUUAUAUCAGGUGCAGAUAUGGACAGUUUGGGAAGAUGGGAUGCCAUUGGUAUUGAGCGGACGAUGGAACUAGAGUGUUUAGGGAACUACGUAAAGAUUGGAACAGGGAUUCUGAGAUGCACAGUUAGUGGACAAUGGACGAUAGACCUCAGCUGUGACACAGUGUAUGGACAGUGCAGCGUAUUUGGUAGAAAUCGAAUCGUGGAAGGAGAACAAAUGGAUUCGUAA